CACCCAUUCGCAUUAACUGCUGCUGCACAGUUCAUCAUGCUGGUACAAAUGCCGGUACGAGCCAUAUCGCUGUUCUCAGUCAGUACUCGGUAGAGACAGAUCGGCAAGUAAGAGACACCAGAGGCUUCCCUUGCAAGCGCUUCGCUGAACCUCCUCUAGUCCUCUUCCUCCCAGAACUGCCGCAUUAGGUUUCGAUCCACUGGUCGCGAUGGUCGUUGAUCCAGUUCUCAAGGGAUUUGACCUCAACAUCGCGGCAGUAGAUGAGUCAAGCCCUUUGGAAGGAAUCGGCCUUGGCCUGUAUGCGACUGAGUUCAUCCACAAGUACCUCAGAUUCAAUCCCACGGACCAGGAGCUGAUGGAGUGGCUCGAGGCCAAGGUGAGGGAUGGAGGCGCGAGAUCUGACCCUCUGAUUGAUAAAUUCAUACCCACCAUAGAGGUCGAGUACGGCUACCCCCAUCCUCAGCAACUUCCAGGUGUGACGAUGGACGGCACGAUCAAGCAUUUUUUCUGCCGUCCGAGGGCGUUCGAGAGUGGACGGAGGAAACAUCGGAAGAUAAAGGCGGAGCGCAACGAUCGUACCGCAUGGCACAAGACCGGCAAAAGCAUGGCAUUGAAGGCCAACGGCCGGCUGACGGGCUGGAAGAACAUCCUGGUGCUCUACACCAACAGCAGGAAGACCAACUGGGUGAUGCACGAGUAUCGCCUCAGCGACGUCGAGGACGAGGAAGACGGGGAGCUGGUCAUGUGCAAAAUCUUCUACCAGACGGGGGAGCCCAAGAGAAGAAGUGUGUUGAGGACCCAAGAGAACAAGUGCCCCAUGUGUGGGUGUGGGUGUGGUGGCAUGGACGUUUAGCCGUCCCAAAAGAACCCCCCAAAAAACUAAAACUUACCGUCUAAAAGAAACUUGUCGCACUUGAACUAAAAGUUGCCAUCCCUGCCAUAGUUAUGGGCCCGUCUUUUGGUAGCACGAAAGAACGCGGAUCUUCUCGACAACUUGUGUCCACGAUGUUGUGCUUGUAGUUCUUAAAACCUUGCAGCUCUUCUCUCGUAAUGACAUGACUACCAUUUUGUCAGAA